CUGUUCUACUCUCCUUGUAGAAUGACACAGAGGCACUGCCUGGAGGGCCAGGUGUACUCUGUGCCUCUCAUUCAGCCAGACCUGAGACGAGAGGAAGCUGUUCAUCAGAUUGCAGACGCUUUGAUGUACUUAGAGACCAUUUCUACAGACAUCUUCAGAAGGCAAGCCCACCACCUUUUCUCACACAUUACUCAGUCACCGGUUUCAGAGAGUGUAGAGAAGAACCGCCAGCAGCUGCAGCGCGUCUCUGACCGAAUCCGACUGGCUCAGGCCCGCGUUGACAGGAUCAAAGGCAGUAAGAAGGCCACAAAGGUUUUCUCCAGUGCCAAAUAUCCAGCCCCGGAUCAGCUUCAGGACUACUCGUCCAUCUUCGCUGGGGCUGCGGAUCCCUCCUCACAUAGCCGCCCUCGUCAGAGGAUACAGAAUAAAUUACGGCCCUUUGAUGAAAAGGCCUUGCAGGAGAAGUUACUGUAUUUCCCCGUGUGCGUGAGCAAUAAGAAGAGGUCUGAGGACGAGACAGAGGAAGGAUUGGGCAGUCUCCCUCGGAACAUCUCAUCUGUCAGCUCUCUGUUGCUUUUUAAUACCACAGAGAAUCUAUAUAAGAAGUAUGUGUUCCUUGAUCCACUGGCGGGAGCAGUAACAAAAACUCAUACAACUCUAGAGACAGAAAAAGAGCAGAAGCCCUUUGAUGCUCCAUUAUCCAUCACAAAGAGAGAACAACUGGAGCGACAGACUGCAGAGAGUUAUUUCUACGUGCCAGACCUGGGUCAGGUUCCUGAGAUCGAUGUGCCGUCCUACCUGCCGGACCUGCCCGGUAUUGCAGAUGACCUGUCCUACAGCGCGGACCUCGGGCCAGGCUUUGCUCCCUCCGGUCCCACGCACAACAUCCCUGAGCUGCCGUCCUUCUCUGAGGAGAGCGUCGUGCCCGGUACUCAGCUGCCGCUGAUUUCUCCACCACCCCCUCCACCUCCACCUCCCCCUCCCGAGCCCACAUUCGCACCCGCAGCUCCUCCAGCAGCUCCCCCUGCUCCGCCCCCACCACCCCCUCCUCCCGCCCUGAGCUCUACGGAAGCCAGUCGAACGCCCAGUUCAGGUUUGUCCCACCCGCCAUGGUCAGAGCAGACCAACAACACACCGCUCUCUGGGAGGAAUACAAGCAGAGCGGGCAGACUGUCUCCUCUCAUUGUAGGCCUCAUGUCUGGCGCUCCAAGCGAGGUGGUUGAGCCAUCAGACGGCCGCGCCAGUCUGCUGGAGUCCAUCCGAAACGCCGGCGGCAUUGGCAAAGCGAAGUUGCGCAACGUUAAAGAACGCAAGAUGGAGAAGAAGAAACAAAAAGAGCAGGAGCAAGCAGUGGGAGUUGCGUCCAGUGGGGGAGACUUUAUGUCUGAUCUCUUCAACAAACUCGCCAUGCGCAGAAAAGGCAUAUCCGGUAAAGGCCCAGCAGGGGGGGAAUCGGGCGAACCACCCACGGGAACUGGCGGCGCGUUUGCCAGGAUGUCAGACGUCAUCCCACCACUUCCUGCCCCACAGUCAGCAGCAGAUGAUGAUGACUGGGAAGCAUGA